AUGACGGUGAUGUCUGGGGAGAACGUGGACGAGGCCUCGGCCGCCCCCGGCCACCCGCAGGAUGGCAGCUACCCCCGGCCGGCCGAGCACGACCAGCACGAGUGCUGCGAGCGCGUGGUGAUCAACAUCUCCGGGCUGCGCUUCGAGACGCAGCUCAAGACCCUGGCGCAGUUCCCCGACACGCUGCUGGGCAACCCCAAGAAGCGCAUGCGCUACUUCGACCCCCUGCGGAACGAGUACUUCUUCGACCGCAACCGGCCCAGCUUCGACGCCAUCCUCUACUACUACCAGUCGGGAGGCCGCCUGCGCAGGCCGGUCAACGUGCCCCUGGACAUGUUCUCCGAGGAGAUCAAGUUUUACGAAUUGGGCGAGGAGGCCAUGGAGAAGUUCCGCGAGGACGAGGGCUUCAUCAAGGAGGAGGAGCGCCCCCUGCCGGACAAGGACUACCAGCGCCAGGUGUGGCUGCUCUUCGAGUACCCCGAGAGCUCGGGGCCCGCCCGGGUCAUCGCCAUCGUCUCCGUCAUGGUCAUCCUCAUCUCCAUCGUCAUCUUUUGCCUGGAGACUCUCCCCGAGCUGAAGGAUGAUAAGGACUUCACGGGCGCCGUCCGCCGCGUGGACAACAGCACGGUCCCCUCCAGCGCCAACAUCUUCACCGACCCCUUCUUCAUCGUGGAAACCCUGUGCAUCAUCUGGUUCUCCUUCGAGCUGGUGGUGCGCUUCUUCGCCUGUCCCAGCAAGACGGACUUCUUCAAGAACAUCAUGAACUUCAUCGACAUCGUGGCCAUCAUCCCCUAUUUCAUCACCCUGGGGACCGAGGUGGCUGAGCAGGAGGGAAACCAGAAGGGCGAGCAGGCCACUUCGCUGGCCAUCCUCAGGGUCAUCCGGUUGGUGAGGGUGUUUAGAAUCUUCAAACUGUCCCGCCACUCCAAGGGCCUGCAGAUCCUGGGCCAGACCCUCAAGGCCAGUAUGAGAGAGCUAGGGCUGCUCAUCUUCUUCCUCUUCAUCGGGGUCAUACUGUUUUCUAGCGCAGUGUACUUUGCCGAGGCUGAGGAAGCUGAGUCGCACUUCUCCAGUAUCCCCGAUGCUUUCUGGUGGGCGGUGGUGUCCAUGACCACCGUAGGAUACGGUGACAUGUACCCUGUGACAAUUGGAGGCAAGAUCGUGGGCUCCUUGUGUGCCAUCGCUGGUGUGCUGACAAUUGCCCUGCCCGUACCUGUCAUUGUGUCCAAUUUCAACUAUUUCUACCACCGAGAAACUGAGGGGGAAGAGCAGGCUCAGCUGCUCCACGUUAGUUCCCCUAAUUUAGCCUCUGACAGUGACCUCAGUCGCCGCAGUUCCUCUGCUAUGAGCAAGUCUGAGUACAUGGAGAUCGAAGAGGACAUGAAUAAUAGCAUAGCCCAUUAUAGGCAGACCAAUAUCAGAACUGGCAACUGCACCACAGCUAACCAAAACUGCGUUAAUAAGAGCAAGCUACUGACCGAUGUUUAA